CAGCAGCAAUGGGAGGCCAUACAGCACCCUAUGACAAAAUGGAACCCACCAGCAGUGUGAGGAGACCUGAAAGUGGCACAUGGCAGAGUGUGGCGAUGGAGACAGCAGCAAUGGGAGGCCGUACAGGGACCCAUGACACACUCUGGACCUGGCAGCAGCAUGAGGAGGCGGUACAGGGGCCCAUGACAGAUUACGGGCCUGGCAGCAGCAUGAGGAGUCGGCGGUACAGGGGCCCCAUGGCAGAGUGGCGAAGCGUAAGCAGCUUAAAUUGAAGGCCAUACAGAGGCCUAUGUUAAAAAGUCCCCCCAGCAGCAGUGUGGGGAGACGACUAUCAAGAGUCCAAUGGCAGAGUGGCGGAGCAGAAGCAGCUUCAAUUGAAGGCCAUACACAGGCCUAG